GCGGCAGGCAGGCGGGCGGGUGGGAGGCGGCGGCGGCGCCGCGCUCGCCCCGCUGCCCUGGAUGACGGGCGGCCGGUUCGACUUCGACGAUGGCGGUACCUACUGCGGCGGCUGGGAGGACGGCAAAGCCCAUGGGCACGGCAUCUGCACCGGGCCCAAGGGGCAGGGCGAGUACGCCGGCUCCUGGUCGCACGGCUUCGAGGUGGCGGGCGGCUACACCUGGCCCAGCGGCAAUACCUACCUGGGCUACUGGGCGCAGGGCAAGCGGCACGGGCUGGGCGUGGAGACGAAGGGCAGGUGGAUGUACCGCGGCGAGUGGUCGCACGGCUUCAAGGGGCGCUACGGCGUGCGGCAGAGCCUCAGCACGCCGGCCCGCUACGAGGGCACCUGGAGCAACGGGCUGCAGGACGGCUACGGCGUCGAGACCUACGGCGACGGAGGUACAUACCAGGGACAAUGGACAGGAGGAAUGCGACAUGGAUAUGGUGUACGUCAGAGUGUACCCUAUGGCAUGGCAACUGUGAUCCGUUCACCUCUACGAACAUCUCUAGCUUCACUUCGAAGUGAACAGAGCAAUGGCACCGUUCUGCAUGACAUCACUGCAGACAGUCCGGCUGGAACAAGAGGAGGUUUUGUGCUCAAUUUUCACAGUGAAGCAGAAGCCAUGGGAAUUAAGAAAAAAGGAGGCUUAUUCAGAAGAGGAUCCCUCCUUGGUAGUAUAAAACUUAGAAAAUCUGAAUCUAGAUCCUCAAUAUCUAGCAAACGGAGCUCUGUCAGGAGUGAUGCUGCUAUGAGCAGAAUUAGUUCCAGUGAUGCCAACUCUACCAUUAGUUUUGGAGAUGGUGACUGUGAUUAUUGUCCUGUGGAAGACCACGUUGAUGCCACCACAACAGAAAGCUAUAUGGGUGAAUGGAAGAAUGACAAGCGCAGUGGUUUUGGUGUUAGUGAGCGUUCAAAUGGCAUGAAAUAUGAAGGAGAAUGGUUAAAUAACAGGAGGCACGGAUAUGGAUGUACCAUGUUUCCAGAUGGCACCAAAGAAGAAGGAAAAUAUAAAAAUAAUGUUUUGGUUCGUGGAAUAAGAAAGCAACUUAUACCAAUACGCAACACAAAAACUAGAGAAAAAGUGGAUAGAGCAAUAGAGGGUGCACAGCGAGCGGCUGCCAUGGCUAGAACGAAAGUGGAAAUUGCAACUUCAAGAACUGCACAUGCAAGAGCUAAAGCUGAUGCUGCGGAUCAGGCUGCUCAGGCUGCUCGUCAGGAAUGUGAUAUUGCAAGAGCAGUUGCCAGAGAACUUUCACCAAAUUUCUACCAACCAGGCCCUGAUUAUAUCAAGCAAAAAUUUCAAGAAGGAAUGGAAGUAAAAGAAAAAUCUGAAGACAAAGUUCAGGAAAAACCUCCUAGCCCAAAAGAGUCACCUCACUUUUAUCGAAAAGGUACUACACCACCUCGAACCCCAGAAGCAAGUCCAAGGCAGAGCCCUCCACUUCCUUCUGAGCCUUCUCCUUCAAAACAUCUGAAAAAGCAAAACUCCGCUUCUGGGGCAAAACUCAAUCAAGAAAAAAGGCUUUUAGCCACGGAGAACAUAACACCCAUGAUUAACAAGCCUUUAUAUUCAAAACCACCACUAAAGGAAGAAAUGGCUGAGAAACACCAGUCAAAGCUUUCAGCCCGUCACAAUCCUGUCAGCACAGAGAAUGGGGAGCUGCAUGGUCAUUACCAUGGUUAUUAUGUAAAAAUGAAUCCACCAAUGCUUCCACGGGAGCUUGGGGAAGAAGAUGAUGAAUAUAUCAACCCAUCACCAUCAACAGUUGCACGGUUACCACAGUCACAGAAGCCAAGCCCUGCUAGAUCUGGGGGUAAGCCAGAUGCCAAAGAAAACAAACCUGACACAAAAAUUAAGAAACCAGAAUUUGCUGCACCAAAGAAUCCAGCUAAUAAGGAGUCACAUUCAGCCAUGGAAAAAGAAGUAGUAAACAGCUCGGGCCCUAACUCAGUCAUGAUUGCCCUGGUAAUGCUGUUGAAUAUUGGUCUAGCCAUUCUUUUUGUCCAUUUUCUAACUUGAUUGGAAUUAGGAAAGGUAAGCAAGGUCUUGUUUUCAUAUACAAUCACCACAUCCACCCCCCCUCAAAUUAUAAAGAUUGAAUUUAUUUGCAUACUUUUAAUGUUUCCUACUUUAAUUUUAGCUGUGCCUGAAUGUGAUUCAACAUAGUUAUUUAAUUAUGUAACUGUUUUGACCCUUCAGUGAAGUCAUGACAACUAGUGGUGUUAGCCCACAGUUCUCUGCAGUUGUGUCAUCAGCCUUUUAAAUGGCACCAGACAUACUCAGACACAGGGAAGGAGGCUUGGCGUUAGGAUGAUGGGACGCAAGAGAGAUGAAACUUGGAAAAUUCAGCCAGGGGCCCAGAUCAGUUUGUCUGCUGAUGGUUUGUGGCUUUGGGGUCCCGUGAAAGCUGAAGCAAGCAGCCAUGUCGGAAAGUAAACAAAAUAAUCUGCUGAAGCAGCCCCACCAGUGAAGUGCGUUGGCUUCUCCAUCUGUUCCAGCAGAGUGUGACUAAACUGGAAAUGUACGGAGCUGCACUUUUUGUUGAUGGAAGCUAACAGCUGCCUUACUAUUUUACCGUCUGAUGUUUUUAGUGGGGAGAUGGGAAAACGACUGCCAGAGGAAUGUGGUCAGUGGAUUCUGUUGCUGUGGAAGUGAUUCCAGCGUUCACUCCUAUCUCAUUAGAAGAAAUAGUUAGCAGCAUCAGUCACCAGUCUUAUUCCAUUACCUGCUGCUUUUAACAUCUCCCACAGUGUUCUGGGAGAUUGAAUUUCAUUUGCCUGUGCAUGAUUCUGUUCAUUUGUUGUUUAUGAAAUCUGAUGUAUAGCCAUAAUGUAGUGUGUAGUCCAACCUGGAGAGCGCUACCGGUUCUGCCUAGUGGCAGAAACAGAAGAUAAAACCUUACUCUAAUCUGAAGAUGUAAUUCUUAAAUUCAUUUUCCUAAAUCUGAAGAGUCUAUUCACUUUAAGGUUUAGGAAGCGAUAUACCGUAACUGCAAAAAUUGAUAUCUUCCUAAAAGUGCUCAAAUGCUUACGCCAGUAGCAAGCAAAAUUAUUUUUAAUUAAAAAAAAUAAGAAUCUGAAGUCGAUAUCACAUCCUGAGCUGGAGAUGAAAUACCAGAAUAAUGCAAGGAAGAUAAGAUGCGGAGUUUGCAUGUUGAUUUUUUUUUAAUUUUUUUUUUUUUUUUAAUUCUGGUGCUGUGAUAAUUAGUGAUUUGAAUUAUUAUGUUUCAGCACUGAGGUGUUUUGCCAGCAUUUAAAAUAAAGUCUUGUCUGAGUGCUCAUUAAUGCCAGUGACAGUUAAGCUAGCUAAUGCUCAUAAUAAACUAUUGUGACUUUUGAACACUACUUUCGUGUUGAAUACAUUCAGGUAGAGCAUUUAGACAUGUUAAGUGAUCGUUUAUCGAUUUGAUGCCUUCAGUGUCUUUGAAGUCCUUUUAUAAUUUUACCUCAGCAUUAAAAAAUCCUCAAAAUAUUUUGUUUGGAAAGUUUGUCUUAAGUAGCUUCACAGCCCUUUGUUACAAUGAUGUGAUCAUGUUUCUUUUAUGUGCCAUUAUACUGUAAUUAUUGUACCCUAUAUUAACCAAAAGCAUGCUUAUUUGCUGAAAAUAUGUGGUGUGAUCAUUUGGAAAGGAAGCAUUUUAAUUUGAAGCUGCAAAAAGCAAAGGGCUUGUAUUACAGUUUAUUUUAUCUCUGUUAGACGAUAUUUCAUACAAUAUAGUUUUUGAACCUGUUUGUAAACUUUAUAAGUGUUUGCAUGGUGUAACGGGCGACAUUCUUAAAAGUACAUUAGCUAUCUUUUGAUGCAGCAUAUUAAAGUACCGUAGGUGCGGACUGAGUAGAGUGCAGCGAAGCAGCUCCAAGCAGUGCAGUAACACCGUGGUGUUUUUUACAGAAGUAUGUUGAGAAUCCUGUGUUUUCACCAGUGUGGAUAAAGAAGAAAGCAGAAAGAGAGCAAAUGAAAAUAAAACUUGUAUAUUUAUUUUUUAAAGAGUCAAAAUUGUGUUUUAAAUUUAGGAAGGUGAUUUUUAAAUAAGAACAAGGUUUUAAAAGUUACUGUGUAAGCCUUGACGUAAUGGACAAAAUGUUCCAUCCAACAGUGAAAUCACCCCCCCGUCUCCUUACGUGGAGAGGUAAUUUUGUAACUGACAUAUUUAAUUCCUAUUAAAUGUUUAUUUAAAAUACUUUAUGCUCUGGAAAUAAUGGGUAACAAAGCUUAUGAAAAUGUUUAUAAAUUUAAGUAAGCAUGUUAGUACCAUUUAUAAAUAUGUAUGAUUUAUAAGCUUUUUUAAAUCAAAGCUCAAACAAAUUGUUGGUAUUUUUCUAAAAUGUGCACAGCUGUAUUUUACAUGAAAGGCUAUUUAUAAUUGGUUGUUAUACUGUACACUACAUUUUGGACAGCACAAUGAAGCCUGCCAAUGUACUUAAUAAUGUCAUUUUGUCUAUUUAAAGUUUCUUGCUGUCAAAGAAUGAACUCUUUAUCUAUGAGUUUAUUUAUAAUUCUUGACCCAAAAUGUAUAAUGUACAGUUUUCACAACUGUAUUUGCUCUAAUAAAAAUAAGUUGGUUAUUAAUAGAGUUUCAGACUGGUUCUUCCUGUUUACAAAUUGCUUUUGUCACUCUCCAGAAAUGAAUUUUCAAGCAAACUAAAUAAAAAAGAAAUGAGCCAGGAAUAUAAGUCUCGACCCAUUUGAAAUUAUUGUAAGUUAUUUAAAACAUACAUUAAAAAAAAAAAAAAAAAAAAAAAGACAAGUUUCCUUAUGUGUCUUUUUUUCAUGGUCUGAUACACAAUUUUGGAUCUCUGAAAUGUCGUAUCUUAAAUUAUACUGCCUCUGCAGAGAUGGUUUAGUUGAUCUUGAUUUAAUCAGUGACUGAUCCAUUAGAAGCUGUCCUCGUAAGCAAAUGCCUUAUUUAGAUUUCUCUCCUUCUCAAGGUCUUCACUGGUUCACAGUUAAAGUGAAGCAUUACAAACCAAUAUUUUACACAGAGAAAAUUUACCAGUACAGUUGCCUUAAGAGCACCACGUCUGAUGAAUUAGUUCAUGAACGCAGAAUUUUAUUUUCUGGUUCCUGUUCGGAUCACUGGCCAACUUUAUUUACAUUCUAAUUAUAAAGGAGAGUAAGUGUUCCUGUUCACUGGAAACAUAUUUGUAGUAAUAUUUGAGGUAGGAGGGCUGCUCCAAAAGUAAUGCCUCCUGUUCUGUUAUGUUGGCGCAUGCUGUCAGAGGCAGAUACUGGUGGUAAGGCAGUAGGGGUUGAACCUUCCCACCAGCAUGCCAUUAGAGAGGAGCAGUCUGACAAAAUGGUUUCUGACAUGGAAGUGCAUACGAAGCAAAGGUGUGUCACUGAAUUCCCCUAUGCAGGGGAUGUGAGCACAGUGAGGCAGUGAGUGGUGCCUCUCAGCAGUGAUGGCGGUGGCAGUGGGUCACCUCCACUGGCGCAGGUUUUUACAUGCGUGGCAUACAGGCUCUUGUUCAUCACUGGUGAAAAAUGUGUAGCUAAUGGUAGAUCCCGAGAUAUAAAGUAGUGUUUUGUAGCUAAGAAUUUCCCCUAUCAAGUGGUGUCAUUAUUUUGGUGUCGUUAUCUUUGUUGUAGUUUUCAUGGAAAUAAAUAGGAGGAAUUACUUUUGGAGCAGUCGAUGUAAUUGUCAGUUGUCUUAUUUUUUUAAAUUCAAUCACUGUGAAGUUUAAUUUUAAGAACUUCUAUUUUCUACAUGAGAACCCACUCCCUGCACUUCAGAUAGAGAAAUGUAUGUUCUUUAGAAUCUUAAGCAGACAUCACUGAGCUGCCUUUCCACAAUGAUUGCUGGCAUUUUGAGAUCCACGCAAUACCCUUACAUGAUCAAAAAUGCAACUUGAAGUACUUCUUCAAUGAAUAUGAAUAUGAUAAUACAUGCAGGCAUCUUAAAAGCAACAAGCAAAAGAAUUGCCUGAAAAUAGAAGAAAAGAUGUUUUCACAGCCAGCUGAGAAAUCGCAUCUUUCCCUGCCCAUAAAUGUUGAUAAUUCUUAAAAAUCAACAUGGACGUAGAAGUACAUUUUUGUCUAUGACUUGUUAGCAAACAAGUAGUUCUUUUCUGAAAUAUUUAUACUGGUGGCUUACAUUGGUUGUUGGUUGAAGUGGAGAAGCACUUCCUAUGUCUAAGAAAAAAAAAAACAUGGGCACACAGUUUAAAGCAGCAAGAUUUGCUUUACCCUCUUUCAAUGUGAAGGAUUUUUUUAUCAGCAAAGUGCUUUUUCCAUGCAUAGCUGCGUGUUGGAAUAAUUAAUGCAGCUGAGUGCUGACUUAGAAAGGGGUAAACACCUCUUCACAAGCAUCUGAUGAAAAGUUUUGAAAUAUUUACUUAACUUUUAAUUACAUUAUGCAGCCAUACAAACCUCUCUGAAGAUACAGUUAUGCUAGAUUAAAGGAUACUGACAGCACUCCGUAUGCAAAGAUAAAGGCCUGCAAAAACUGCUUAUUGAGAUACAGUAACAUUCUUAACUAGUUGUUAUUAAUAAAACACGGUUGUGAAUUAUAUCUGAAUGGCUUUACUUACAGCUCAUUUGAGCCACUUAGGAAGGGGAGCCCAAUGUAUGUACUGUUCUCUUAUGGAAAUGUAAUUCAGCAAACAAAGCAAAUGAAGAGUGGAAAUUAAAUAAGCCUUUCAAAUGAAGUAGUCUUCUCAUUCUCUCAUUUAAUAUUCACAGAAAAAGGAAAAAAUAGAAAUGGGCUAAGUCUGAGCAUGAAACUGCAUAUGCCAAGUGCUGUAACUGAGCCAUCCACAGAAUCCAUCUCAGGUUUUUUUCUCCUGAAUAAAGAAUCUCCUCAUUAAGAGACAUUAUGCCUCCCAUCUUUGUAGGACGUAAUUUAGUUUCCAUACACAGCAUCUUUAAGGAAAACUGUCUAUAAUGUCAAAGGCUUUUAGACUUGGAGGAAAAAGUAAAACCGUGCCAUGUUGAAAGGUGAUUGCAGCGAGUGCGGGGUUGGUCUCUUCUCACUGGUGACAGGUGAUGGGAUGAGGGGAAAUGGCCUCAAGUUGCAGCAGGAGAGGUUUAUGUUGGAUAUCAGGAAAAACAGGGUUGAAAGCACUGGAAUGAGCUCCCCAGGGAGGUGGCUGAGUCACCAUCCCUGGACGUGUUUGAAAACUGUUUGGAUGUGGUGCUCAGGGACAUGAUUUAGUGGAGGGUUGUUAGAGUUAGGGUGGUAUGGCUAGGUUGUGGUUAGAUUCAAUGAUCUUCAAUGUCUAUUCCAACCUGAGCCAUUCUAUGAUUCUAUGAUUCUGUGUCUAAAUAGUUUAUAAUGUGGCCAUCACUGGAACAGUUGAGUAUACCCCUCAGCCCCAUGAAAAUGAUGGCAAAUAUGAAGCAUGCAAAACAAUUUUAAAAAUAUAUUACUUCAUUUUGUUAAAUUGUUUUUUUGUUUUUUUAAUCCAAUCGUCUAAAUUUCAUCAUGUCAGUAUGUGUUUGUUUCAGGUAAUGUUUUUCAUCAUCACUUGGGAUGGGUUAUCUGGAGGGUGUAGGUGCAACCUGGUUGUAUAUUCAGUGCCAUUUCUCCAAGAGGAAGGUUUUGAAGUGAUUUCUCAAUGAUGGAAAAAUAAGUAUUUCCUUAAUCAACCCUUCAGGCAGCUUUUGUUGUAAUUUUUCUGUGCUGCCUCUACUUUUUUAAUUUGCCUUUUAUCCUUCACUGCCCCCGCACCCCUCUAUCUGGCAAAUUCAGCUCAUUCUCUUGUUCCCCACAGAAAUCUAUUUGCCACUCACUCCAAUAACUUACGGUUUUCCUGUUGAGAACACUUGUUCCAGUUUAACUCAGUAUGGCUAUGGAAGGUAUUUCUGUUGCAGCUUGUCCUACACUGAACUACAUGUCAUGACGCAAAUCCAAUUUGGUCCAUUUUUCUGCAGAGUACUGGUGCUAGUUUAUGUGACUGUAUUCUAAUUGCAAAGCUAUACUCACUGUCUCCAGUAUCAGGACAGUGAUUGAGCCACAGUACUUAAUGAGUUGAAGAGAAAAUGACUGAAAAUCAUGCACAGAGAUUUAUGAGGGCUCUUCAUAAUUCAUUGAAACAAAUGGUGUCAUCAGCGAGGGAAAAAAUCUGCUGUCGCCCGGGUUGUGAACUCCACCACAAAUAUCCACAGUAGGAUUGUGAAAAGGACUGUACAUACAGCUGGAAGAUGAAGUGCAACCAAGAACACUGAGGAGUCCUUUUGAGGGCUGUGGUUUACUGUGACUGUGCGGUAUGGUGAUUACUGGAUUUGGUAACAAACUUGUGGAUUUUUAGAUGGAA